AUGUCAUCGAAAAACCUAAAAAUAUCGGUACCCGGUGGCCGAAUCGACCAGUCGAAAUCCAAGCGUCCUGCAAUUGGGUGUUCCAAGAUUGAAAUGAAAAGAAAAAAAACACAAGACCCGCAGUUGGGGGUCAACGAUCCGAACUGGGUAGGUCGUAUGGUGAAAAAAUUUAUUAGUAUGCGAAAUUGCAAUAUGCCGAACACAAUAAUAUUAUUGUCGUUAACACCGCAGACACUCGAAGGUGAUAACGGAGAGACACAGGACCGCGGUACGACGACUUGCCGGGUUCGACAAAACUCGGCUAUUUAA